UGCUCCCCAUUCACGGCUUCACUACCUCUCUCUCUCUCUCUCUCUUCUUUUUCUUCCUUUGCUCCCAAGUCUUACCCUUUUUCCACUUCACACACCUAAUCUGACAACAAGCCCAUCUCUGUUCAUCAAUGGAGGAACCAGACUCAUUCAACAAACCCCGUCUUCUAAUUCCAGAUCCAACAACUCCAAUCCACCCAAAUCCAAGUAAGUCCUACUCACUCUUUCUUUGCAAAUCUCUCUUUGUUGCAUUGCUUCUUGUUCUUCUUCCUCUUUUCCCUUCCAAAGCCCCUGAAUUCAUCAACCAAUCCAUUCUCACUAAGUUCUGGGAACUCCUUCACCUUCUCGUCAUUGGCAUUGUUGUGUCUUAUGGCUUGUUUGGUCGAAAAAACACCCAACCAAACAAUGAAAAUCAGUUAAAUUUUGAUGAUUCAAAAGCAUAUUUGUCUGGGAUUUUGUAUGUUCCUUCUAUCUUUGAAGAUGGGUAUGAAAGGUAUGAUGAGAAAAGAACGAUCCAAGCUUGGAAUAAUGGAAUUGGAAGCUCUGUUCUUGAUGAAUUGAACAAUCCAAGAUCGAAUAUUUUCCAAAACGGUUUAGAAAACCCAUUUGGGUCUGAUGAGAAAAGGGUGAGCCAAACAUGGAACUCUCAGUACUACUUUCAAGGUGAAUCCAUGCCGUUUGUUUCUCGAGAAAACUGUUUACUUGAUGAAUGGGGAAAACCCAAAUCGUUCAAUGACAAUAAACCCUUGAACUUGCCGGUUCGGAGCCUGAGAUCAAGAAUUGUAGACCAUGACACUCUUGAAUCUAUUAAGGAAAAUGGGUCUAUAUCAGAUUCAAAGGGUUCUUGUAAAAAUUAUGAUAAAAUUAGAGAUGAUUCAAAGGGCGGUUGUGAAAAUUCUGAAAAUUUCGGAAAUGGUACUGAAUUUAGAGGUCUAGCUCCUAUAAAUUUGGAUGAAAAGUUUAAGGAAACUGUUGAAGUGAGAGAAGACCAUAUGAGUAGUGUAAAACCUCCGUCACAUUCAAGGCCUCUGUCAGUUGGGGGAUUUGAAUUUGAUCAUCUCAAAUCACAGUCUUUUUGGUCCCCAAUAUUUUCCCAAACCAAUUCCAUGCCUUCUCCACCCAAGAAAGUAUCACCAGAUGUGCGAUACUCAAAAAUAGAAGAUUUGGAGAGAGAAAAGAGUUCUUGUUGUUUGUCUUUGCUUCCAGAUUCACUAAGAAAUGGAGAAGCAUCGUCACUUGCUACGAAUGCUCGGAGAUUUAGCAUUGGCUCUUUGUCAGAGAUGAAUGUGGAGAGAAAUUGUGAAGAUAAGUUGAAGGGUUUUAGUAAGAGUAUGAGAGAGGACUCAUUAGGCAAAAGAAAGUUUGAAGUGGAUUCUUUGAAAGGGAAGUUUGUCAAACCUUUACAAAGGGGAAAAUCAGUGAGAACAAUUAGAGCAAGUGAACAUUGUUUGGAGACUAGGAAAAUGGCAGAAAUUUAUUCAGAUCAUGUGGAUGACAAGUUUGAAGCAAUGUCAAUGGAGAAUAGUGGAAGAAGAGCGAGACUUGGGCAACCCAGAAGGCAAAAUCUUGAAGAUCUUUCUCUAAAGCAAAGCAAAAGCUCAAGCUCAAGCUCAAGCUCCUCAAAACUCUCCAAUUGUGCUGAGACUAAUGUAGUCGAGCCUGAAAAGGAUCCGGACAGUGACUUUGAGAGCUUUCAAGUGAGCUCAGACGAAGGAGGAGAAGAAGAAAAAGAAGAAGAAGAAAAAGAAGAAAAAGAAGAAGAAGAACUUGAUGCAAAACUUGAUCAAUUGAGCAAUGCCAAUGAUGCAGAACUUGAUCUUGAUUCGGAAGUUGAUAAGAAGGCUAGUGAAUUCAUAGCCAAGUUUAGAGAGCAGAUUAGGCUUCAGAAAAUUGCAUCAACCAAGGGAUUUAGUGGUUUGUAGGACUCAAAAGAAGUAAACUAUAUUUAUAAUCAUAUAUGUAUUGUGUUCAAGAUUCAUGAUUAGAGAUAGAUAUAUGAAUUUCACAAUUUUCUCAUCUCAUCUUUCUCUAUUCUUUUUGUAAAUCUUAUGUAUGCUUUUGUCGUCGCUGGGUUUUAUUGUAUUUACAGCUAGCUGUGUGUGAUGGUGUGCUGUUACAAUUGCAAGAAGUUAUAAAAUUGAAUGUGAGUUUGAUU